AAUACAAAUUGAAUAUAUAAUUUGAAUGGUUGAUUGCAAUUGCAAUUGCAAUCUAAACUAAUAACUUGUUGGGGAUGUGAAAAGGAAAAAAAUUUUAACAAAACAAAAAAAAAAUGUUUGUGGUUGCUUGUGGUUGUCCCACACAAGUAGAAAAGGGGUUUAUAUUGGAAGACUACUAAUGAGGCUUACAAAACAUGUUUGGGGUAAAUCCAACACAUCUUAUUACCAUUUAGUUGGAUGGAUGAGCCCAACACAUCUUUGUAGAGUUUGUGUGAAAUUUGUCGAUCGAUGUAGGCCCCACCUCCUUCUUUCGACCAUAAUGGAAUGGAAAUACCAUUUUCCUAAGCAAAAUUUGUCCUUACUUCCCUUCCACCGAGUCCGAAUCCUACAAUUUGACAGCAAAUUUUAAUAUAAUCUGCAUGUACUCGGUCCAAUAACAAAAUUUCAACAUUAUUAUUUCCUCUGUAUAAAAACUUAUGUGGGUCCUUAAUUUGGUGCCAUCGCCAUGGAUGCCCGCCAGCAAGCUGAACACACCACAACCAUUUUGAUGCUUCCAUGGGUUGGAUAUGGCCAUCUCUCAGCUUACCUAGAGCUGGCCAAAGCCCUCUCAAGGAGAAACUUCCAUAUUUACUACUGUUCAACCCCUGUUAACAUCGAAUCCAUUAAACCAAAGCUUACAAUUCCUUGUUCUUCAAUCCAAUUUGUGGAGCUCCAUCUCCCUUUUUCUGAUGAUUUGCCUCCCAAUCUUCAUACAACCAAUGGCCUUCCCUCCCACCUCAUGCCCGCCCUCCACCAAGCCUUCUCCGCGGCUGCCCCACUCUUUGAGGCAAUUUUACAAACACUUUGCCCGCAUCUUCUCAUUUACGACUCUCUCCAACCAUGGGCCCCGCAAAUAGCCUCCUCCCUCAAAAUCCCCGCCCUCAACUUCAAUACCACAGGAGUUUCCGUCAUCGCUCGAGCGCUCCACACCAUUCACCACCCAGAUUCUAAAUUCCCACUCUCAGAAAUCGUUCUACACAAUUAUUGGAAAGCCACGCACGCCACCGCCGAUGGAGCCAACCCAGAAAAAUUCCGCAGAGAUCUAGAGGCGCUUCUGUGUUGCUUGCACUCUUCCUGCAAUGCAAUUCUGAUCAAUACUUUCAGAGAGCUCGAGGGGGAAUACAUCGAUUACCUCUCCCUUCUCCUGAACAAAAAAGUCACCCCGAUUGGUCCUUUGGUGUACGAACCGAAUCAGGACGAGGAGCAAGAUGAAGAAUACAGAAGCAUCAAAAACUGGCUCGACAAAAAGGAACCGUACUCCACCAUUUUCGUCUCGUUCGGAAGCGAAUAUUUCCCAUCAAACGAAGAAAUGGAAGAAAUAGCACGUGGGUUAGAAGAGAGUGGGGCAAAUUUCAUAUGGGUUGUCAGAUUUCACAAAUUGGAAAACGGAAAUGGGAUUACCGAAGAGGGGCUUCUGGAGAGGGCGGGAGAGAGGGGGAUGGUGAUCCAGGGGUGGGCUCCGCAGGCGAGGAUACUGAGACAUGGGAGCAUUGGGGGAUUUGUGAGUCACUGUGGAUGGAAUUCGGUGAUGGAGAGCAUAAUUUGUGGGGUGCCCGUAAUUGGGGUUCCGAUGGGUCUGGACCAGCCUUACAACGCCGGCCUCGUGGAAGAGGCCGGGGUGGGCGUGGAGGCCAAGCGAGAUCCCGACGGCAAAAUUCAAAGACACGAAGUUUCAAAGUUGAUCAAACAAGUGGUGGUUGAGAAAACCAGGGACGACGUGAGGAAGAAAGUCGCGCAAAUGAGUGAGAUUUUGAGGAGGAAAGGAGACGAGAAGAUUGAUGAGAUGGUGGCUCUAAUUUCUCUCUUGCUCAAAGGGUGACAAACUUUGUUUGGGAAGAAAUAUGGCUUGAGAGAAUUAUGGCACCUGGCAAAUAGUUUUCUGAUAUGUAAUGAAUAAAAAUUUCUUUCAUCAUUGAUAUAUGUCUAUUAAUUCAAUCUCAAUCUCGUAUAGAUAGAAAUG